AUGGCUGCCGUCACUGUCUGGGCCAGAAUACUUAAGCUCUGCACGAGGAGAACACACCAAGACCCAGAAGACUUAGAAAGUGGUCCUCAGAUUAACCCUAAAGAAAACAAAGAAAUAACAAUCUACGAGAAAAGGGGCAGACGUCCCUCGGGAUUCGGGAUUGUAAAAAUCAACAAAGAUAGUAUUGAGUUAAUAGAUGAAUCCUACUUGACUGAAGGGGUUGCCAAUCAUCCAUCUGUUGCUCCACCCCAACCUGCAGUCGAAAACGCCGAAGAGUUUGAGAUGGGAGCUUUCCACAGACGUGCUUCGGAAAAGGUGUCAGAAAAGCGAAAGGUAAUUAGGGAGGCUACUGCCAACGAGAGAAGAGGCUCCCUUCAAGAUGAAAUCGAAUUCGCUCGUUCUGUCAUUCUUCCUUCUGACGUCGUCAAGGAGCAAGACGAGGAUGCGAUGCAUCGGCGCCAACAAAUCAAGGCACAGACAUCUGGCAGGAGGACAUCACUGCUUGAAGAGAUCAUCGUUGCCAAGGAAGUGUUGGGUGUUGCCAAUGACGUUGCUCCUUGAGACGCUGGUCAGCCGCUAAACAGUGACAAAAAUAAUCUGGUUCUACUCUACAUAACAUAUGCCUUCACUUAUUUUAACGAUCGUAACUGGAUCGUUGCUCGACGAAAAAUGUUGU